UUCAGUUGAAGAAAAGGCAGAUGUCGUAGAUUGAGGAAACGUAUACUGAUUCCGGAUUCGAACAGGAGGUCGAAGAACAUAUCGGUUCAGUUACUCUCUUUUCCGAUUUUCUCUCGUUUUUUUCAUACAUCGCUACUCCAGGACCGAUGAUACAGGAUUACGAGGUCACCCGGAAAUUAUGGGAUGGACGUAUCCCGGUGCAGUUUGUUCUCGAUAAGCUGGAAUUUAUCCAGUGUUCAGCCAAACCAUUCUGUGUCAUGGUUCCAGGCAUGAGCUAUUUCCCUCUAAUUUUACCGCGGGUGUUGCAGUACUUUAUGGCCGUUGUUGACCACUUUGAUGCAGAUUCAGUAUGGUUACGGUACAACACUAAACCGUUGAAAUGGCAUUAUCCAGUGGGCGUUUUGUUUGAUUUAUUGAAAACGGAUGGUCUUUUACCGUGGACUGUUGUGCUAAAAACCAAGGACUCUCCGAAAGAAGUAAUGCGAUUCAGGGGCAACGACUUAGAGAGCUCAUAUAUUCAGUCUGUUAAGGAAGCUGAUCAAUUGAAGCACAAAGCUAGAGUGGUCAAUUCAAUGAAAGUUGAUGAACAUCGGCAGUUAUGGAGUAGUAUACUGAAUGACAAGUUUGAUGAAUUUUGGGCUAUAAAUAAGAAACUUAUGGAAGCUAGUGAAAGUGAACCUAUGCUGCAUGUUCCUAUACGUAUUUAUCAGGUCGACCGUUCUUUCCAGCAACCGCUGAUUACGCCUUUUGACGAAUCAGAUCGAGCACGUACUAUUGCUGAUGCACUUAAAGCCAUAAACAUUGAGACUCAAUCACCUGUGAUCUCUCAUGGUAUUAAAAUACCCCCAACAACCCCUCUUAUUUGGAUGGUGCAAAAUCUUUCAUACCUUGAUAAUUUUAUUCAUAUUGUUGUAAUUCCAACUUCAACAUAAUAGCAAAAUAUUCUGUUAUUUAAUAAUUCUGUUUUAUAGCUGUAUAAAAUUCAAUCAGGCUUACUGUUCUAUAAUAAGUCCAACGAAAUAAUAAUAAAAAUUCG